AUGCCGACCGGCUUUGGUGCAGCCAUUUCCAAUGCUUGCAGGAGAAGCCAUAGUGAAUAUGGGGAGGUGGAGGAGGAGUACCGUCGACUGGUGGAGGUGGAGGAGGAGGAGUACCAGCGACUGGUGGCGGUGGAGGAGGAGCACCAUCGACUGGAGGAGGAGGAGGUGGAGGAGUACCAGCGACUGGUGGAGGUGGAGGAGGAGCACCAUCGACUGGUGGAGGAGGAGGUGGAGGAGUACCAGCAACUGGUGGCGGUGGAGGAGGAGCACCAGCAACUGGUGGAGGAGGAGGAGUACCAGCGACUGGUGGCGGUGGAGGAGGAGCACCAGCAACUGGUGGUGGUGGAGGAGGAGGAGGAGGAGGACCACCGACUGCUCCUCCUCCUCGGCCGCCUCCUCUUCCUCCACGACCUCCGCGACCACCACCUCGGCCACCUCGACCACCUCCUGGCGGUGGUGGUGGAGGGACACCAGUAUCUGGUGGAGGUGGAGGUGGAAGGGGAGCGCCAGCGGGUGGUGGCGGUGGAGGAGCACCAGUGUCUGGUGGUGGUGGUGGAGGAAUGGUACCAUCCGGUGGGGGAGGAGGAUUCUGGCGCUCAACAAUCAGAGGUGCAGCGAGGGCACUAUGUCAGUGUUAGCUAUUGAACCAAGAGUUGGUAAUUAGGAAGAUAUAUU